AUGCCCCUCAAACGCCCCAGUUCGUCAGCUCCAGGUGGCUUAAGAAGCGCAGUCAAGAGAAAGAACACCUCUGAAAAGAAGGCCCAAUCCAACAGCUCGUUGCCAUUGUCCACACGUGCUGCUGGUGCCGGCGGCUCGUCGUCCACCAUGAUGAAAAUAUUCACCGAUGAGGCCCAGGGCUUGAGAGUCGACCCAUUGGUGGUGUUGUUCUUGGCUGUUGGGUUCAUCUUCUCCGUUAUCAUCCUUCAUGUGUUUGCCAAGAUCACCGGAAAGUUCACUUAG